AUUUGGCACUCAUUUGCCACAUAUUUACUCAUUUCAUACCAAUUGCUGUACUUUUAAUCAAUUUAAUUAUUUUUAUUUUAUUAAUUACUAUUUAAUUAUCACAUUUGAGACCAAAUGGCGAGUCCGAGAACCAGAAGAAUACUACAAGAGUUGCGACCAAAUGAUGCAAACAAUUACUGCUUUGAGUGCAACGCCUGUAACCCUCAGUGGGUGAGUGUGUCAUACGGCAUAUGGAUCUGUUUGGACUGUUCCGGCAAACACAGAGGUCUUGGUGUCCACCUCAGCUUCGUUCGGUCGGUAACUAUGGAUAAGUGGAAAGACAUCGAACUCCAGAAGAUGAAAAUGGGUGGCAAUCGGAGGGCCAAAGAGUUCUUGGAGUCGCAGUCCGAUUGGGACUCGUCUUUGCCUUUGACUGAGAAAUACAACACUCGAGCGGCCGCUCUCUAUAGAGACAAAAUAUCAACGGAAGCGUCGGGAAAGAAGUGGUCGAUCGACACGUCUUCGGCCAAAGACUAUACUUCGCGUAUAAUUCCCAAGAGUUCUGCAAAUUCUAACUCUUCUUCGGCGCCCAAACCAAAGGCCGCCGAAUGGGAAGACAAUGAGUGGACGUCUAAUAGUUACCAAAGUUCUGAUUUACAAGAAAUCAAUCGUCAAAAGGAAGACUUCUUCUCUCGAAAACAAUCGGAGAAUAUGUCGAGACCUGACAAUGUAGCCCCGAGUCAAGGCGGACGCUAUUCAGGCUUUGGUUAUAACGCUAAUCCUCCUCGAAGUCAAUCAGAGUAUGGACUGAACGGCGCUUUCUCUUCACUUUCAACUGGCUGGUCUUCAUUGGCCACAAACGCUACAAAAUUGGCGGCAAAGGCCGGAGAAAGCGUCAAAGACGGGACUUUAGUUAAUGAUUUGCAGACACAGGUGUCUGUGUUGGGGUCCAAGUUCGCAGAUAUGGGUAAAAAAGGUUGGAGUGAAAUGUCAUCGCUGUUCACACAGAGAUCCCAAUACUCUGAUCCAAACGCUGACAAUAACUACGAUAAUAGUUAUCAAAACACUGGUAGUUAUCAUUCCGAAGAUUUGUUCAGUUCUUCGUCCUCGUCGUCCACUUCAACGCCCAAUCACUCGGCGGACAGACCGUCGAGAAACGAAUCGUCAAAUUUGUUGAAAGACUCAUCGCCGCAACGAUCGGUCAAAAGCAGUUCCAACGGUUCCGACACCAGAAUCAGCAAAGAAGAGAAGUUAUUAGACUUUGGAAACACUGAAGUGAAGCCUAAAAAGUCUUCGAGUUCUGCGAAGACAUCCGCCGAUUGGAAUGAGGGCUGGGAUGACGAGGCCUGGACUAAGCUGGAGGUCGAGCCCAAGACCAAGAAGUCCUCGAAACGGAGCUAAUAUUAAUGAAUGCAAUUUAGGCGACAAUUUAUGGCUUAGGAAUACAAUUCAAUC